AUGAAGAACAGGAACAUCUUCACGGAGAUACAACAUAAGCCCAUGGAUACUUUAACGAAUUUCGGAACGGAAGAAGAAGAUAUCUCCGAGAAGAGAAGCAGAGCGAGUAAGAUUGUAAUCGCAGCCAUUGUAGGAGCUCACGAAGGUGCGCGUUAUGAUUAUGAGCGGAAUAAGCGCGUGGAGGUGGAGAUUCUGCGCGUGAUUCGUGGCGGAGAAAAGGAAGAUGUCGCUAUCUCCAAAAUCUGA